CUGAGUCUGAGCUCAUGCUAAUUACAAGUCGGUGUGGAGGUAUGAUUCAAUAGAUGCAGUGAGACCAAUUUUGGUUUUCUCUGGCCAGGGCAAAGGAAAAGGGGCUGGACCUGAGCUUGAGGGAUGGAGCUUGAGCUCAGCUUGGGAAGGAGGCUAGUACCUGGGAUCGAUGCAUAUGCGAGAGAGCAAGACGUCAGGCAGUGAGCCCACAUGGGACCUUGUCGCUGAUGCAGCACAGGAGUAAAAAGUGGCUUGAGGUUAGUUGCUGUCGAUGAUGGUGGUGAUGAUCGAAGCAGCCAUGACUGACCGACUGAGUCGACACCGUACCCGGGUUUUAUGCUCGGUCACGCCCGAGCCGACUCCGAGGGCUCAUACACUGCCUGCCCUUUGUCUGCCUUCUGAGCCCUUCGGGUCCGGUCGGAUCGCGUCCCAGAGGUCUCACGGGUCCAGCCAGCUCCAUGCAUCGUGUGGGGGACUUAAAUAUGUGCAGCCUCUCCACUGCACUUUCAUCACUACUCCUCCUGCCUCUGCUUCCUCUUGUGGGCUGCACGAGGAUGGUGAGUCCACUGACAUAAUCGGGGAAGCGAGUGGGCCAUAAUCAAUCAGUCGACUUGAACAAGCCUGGGCUAGUGGUGUCUGCUGCUGCAGCCAUGGCAGGAUUUGAAUCUCUGACGAAUGAAGUAGUGGAUCUGGAACAUAUUCCGAUAGAUGAGGUAUUUGUCCAGCUGAAAUGUACGAGGGAAGGCCUCUCGACUACGGAAGGAGAAGCUCGCCUCCAAAUUUUUGGAUACAACAAACUGGAGGAGAAAAAUGAGAGCAAACUUCUCAAGUUCUUGGGGUUCAUGUGGAACCCUCUAUCGUGGGUCAUGGAAGCUGCUGCGAUUAUGUCCAUCGCCCUAGCUAACGGAGGGGGUCAGCCACCAGACUGGCAAGAUUUCAUCGGCAUUAUCACCCUUCUUGUUAUCAAUUCAACAAUCAGUUUCAUCGAAGAGAACAACGCAGGCAACGCUGCCGCUUCUUUGAUGGCUCGGCUUGCACCUAAGACGAAGGUGCUUCGAGAUGGAAAAUGGUCUGAGCAGGAGGCAAUCAUUCUCGUUCCUGGUGACAUCAUCAGCAUCAAGUUGGGAGACAUCGUCCCUGCCGAUGCCCGUCUGUUGGAAGGAGAUCCUUUAAAGAUUGACCAAUCUGCUCUCACUGGAGAGUCUCUCCCAGUCACGAAGAAGCCCGGAGAUGAAGUGUAUUCAGGUUCUACGUGCAAACAAGGAGAACUUGAGGCAGUUGUCAUAGCAACCGGUGUACACAGCUUCUUUGGAAAAGCUGCUCAUUUAGUCGACAGCACACACCAAGUGGGACAUUUCCAGAAGGUUCUCACUUCCAUCGGAAACUUCUGCAUCGUUUCGAUCGCUUUGGGCCUCAUCAUCGAGAUCGUAGUGAUGUACGCAAUUCAGAAGAGAAAGUACCGUGAGGGAAUCGACAACUUGCUCGUCCUGCUCAUCGGUGGUAUUCCGAUUGCUAUGCCAACUGUGUUAUCUGUCACCAUGGCUAUUGGUUCUCACCGCCUUUCUCAGCAGGGUGCUAUCACGAAGCGAAUGACUGCCAUAGAGGAACUGGCUGGCAUGGACGUCCUGUGCAGCGACAAAACUGGAACUCUGACCUUGAACAAAUUGAGCGUGGAUAAGAAUAUCGUUGAGUGCUUCGCCAAAGGGAUAGAUAAGGACUACGUAGUCUUAUCCGCGGCCAGGGCGGCGAGGAUGGAAAACCAAGAUGCUAUCGAUGCAGCAAUAGUUGGAAUGCUGGCAGAUCCAAAAGAAGCUCGGGCGGGUAUUCGAGAGGUUCACUUUCUUCCCUUCAAUCCGGUGGACAAGCGAACAGCGAUAACAUAUAUCGAUGAAGAAGGCAAAUGGCACAGAGCAACGAAAGGAGCUCCUGAAGAGAUCUUGCAUUUAGCUCACAACAAGGACCUCAUUGCCAACAAAGUGCAUUCGAUCAUCGAUAAGUUCGCAGAACGAGGUCUUCGGUCUCUUGCGGUCGCUCGGCAGGAAGUACCUGAGAAAUCUAAAGACAGCCUUGGAGGUCCAUGGGAGUUUCUUGGCCUCUUACCUUUAUUCGAUCCUCCUCGUCACGACAGUGCGGAAACCAUCCGCGAGGCUCUGAACUUGGGUGUCAAUGUCAAGAUGAUUACAGGUGAUCAAUUGGCUAUUGCCAAGGAGACAGGACGUCGGCUGGGAAUGGGAACAAACAUGUACCCUUCUGCGGCUCUUCUUGGAAAGUCCAAGGAUGAAUCGAUUUCAGGACUGCCCAUCGACGAGCUCAUAGAAAAUGCUGAUGGAUUCGCUGGAGUGUUUCCAGAGCACAAGUAUGAAAUCGUGAAAAGACUGCAAGAGAAGAAGCACAUCUGUGGAAUGACGGGAGAUGGUGUGAACGAUGCACCCGCAUUGAAGAAAGCAGACAUCGGUAUUGCAGUUUCCGAUGCCACAGACGCAGCCCGUAGUGCCUCGGAUAUCGUUCUGACAGAGCCAGGUCUCAGUGUCAUCAUCCAUGCCGUUCUCACCAGUCGAGCCAUCUUCCAGAGGAUGAAGAACUAUACGAUUUACGCUGUCUCAAUCACCAUUCGAAUUGUGCUUGGAUUUCUGUUGCUCACUUUGAUCUGGAAGUUCGACUUCUCACCCUUCAUGAUUUUGAUCAUCGCCAUACUUAAUGAUGGGACAAUUAUGACCAUCUCCAAAGACAGAGUAAAACCAUCUCCCCUACCUGAUAGUUGGAAACUGAAGGAAAUCUUCGCUCAAGGUGUGGUCAUCGGCAUUUAUCUCGCCAUGAUGACCGUCCUGUUUUUCUGGGCUGCUCACGAUACGAACUUCUUCGAGAGAACUUUCGGUGUGCGUCCUUUGCACCAAGAAAAGGGUCAUCUUACGGCUGCUGUAUACCUUCAAGUCAGUAUCAUCAGUCAGGCCUUGAUCUUCGUCACUCGGUCGAUGAGUUGGUGUUUCAUGGAGCGACCAGGAGCGCUGCUAAUGUGCGCUUUCUGGAUCGCCCAACUGAUUGCAACUUUCAUAGCCGUGUAUGCAAACUGGUCAUUUGCUCACAUCAAGGGCAUCGGAUGGGGUUGGGCCGGGGUCAUUUGGCUCUACUCCAUCAUCACUUUCCUCCCACUCGACAUCAUCAAGUUUGCCAUUCGCUAUAUUCUGAGCGGAAAGGCAUGGGAUCUUCUUCUGGAGCGCAGGACUGCUUUCACGAGCAAGAAGGACUUCGGAAAGGAUGAUCGACAAGCGCAGUGGGCCCAUCAACAGCGUACUCUGCACGGGCUGACUUCAGCUAGUCCUCAGGAGGGAAUCGAACAAGGCUUCAAGGAUGUGCCGGAGUUGGCAUGGGAGGCCAAAAGAAGAGCAGAGAUUGCCAGGUUGCGAGAGCUGAACACCUUGAAAGGACAUGUGGAAUCCGUAGUGAGAAUGAAAGGAAUCGACGUUGAGGCGAUCCAGCAGUCAUAUACACUGUAAAUAAUACUCGGAGAAAACCCAUAGCUAGCUAUCACGAACCAAUUUUGACUCAUAAUCCUCGACAGCAAUGAAUCUUUGAGGCUUGGAUGAGUCGACACAAACCGUGCGUCCAGACACGAGGGUUGCAAGUCCUCCCUCGAGCUGACAGAUCUAUAGAGUAGACAAAGCGGGUCCUAUUCUAUUGCUGGUUAAGCAAUCAGGGUCUAGUACAUAGAUUGUAAGCGCAAAAUCAUAGCGGAAGUAGUGCUGGAAGUGACCCCCAUCUAGUGGAGCGAAACUAGAUCGAGAAAUAACGACGGAAGCAAUUUCUGACUUGAUGAGUGCAUGCUCAUAUCAUUGACCGACCCAACUGAUAGGAUGGCUGCUGGCGAGACUCGGAGUCUCAAACAACUGUGUACGAUUCUCCCCUUGGAUGGGAUCCAUGAUUUAAAUAAAACUCCCUUUCU